AGUUACGAAACCAAGCUGACUUCGCAUAAGGUUGGCUCAUUGCUUAUUGUCUCAAUUACGUAACAAUCAGUAGUACACUUUGGACUAUUUGUACGAAAUUAGACAAAACAUGGUCAUGAAUCAUUAUUUAUGAAUUUUUGUGAAAAAGCUGCCAAGACGUAGUGAACUUUCAUCCAACAAAAACACCUGGUAAAUCGAAUAUCGACACAGAAACGUAUGUAAACAUUAACUUUCCUCAACGUUAAUGCAACCCGAAGACAUCGAAAUCGAGUUGCCCUCGCCGUGCCUCAACGGCCUAGAUUCCGCCCUCCAGCGGCUGGGGAUGUUGGCCACGAGCACCGAUUCCCGGCGAGAGUACCUCAAGGAAAUCCAGAGGAAGCCCUACUUAAAUAUGGUCCGGAUUAACACGCGAUACGUCAGCAACGUUUCGAUAGGGUUCCGCGUGAGGCCCCUCACGCCCCACGUGAGAUACAAACCGUAUUCGAUCCGAGAAAGGCACAGGACGCGAUCCGAGAACAAUGAUAGUGAGAACGAUGCUAGUCUCGUUAAGGCGGUCGUCGACCAAGUAAUUGAAAAUUCCGUCGAUUUAGCCCAACUGAAGAAAGCUAAGUCUCUGGAAAGUAUCGUCGCAGAGAGCAACCCCGAUGUAGAUCUGCGCAAUAUUAAUUUUCCCGAAUUAGAAGUCGUUUCGAAUUGUAUACAAAAUCUGAAAGUCGCAGAGUGAUUCUCACACACUCUGCACUGUCACUGCCUUUUUUGCGAUUUUUUUCUCCUUCUGUGGGGAGUCAGCCCGAGUGAACUCACUAAAGUAGCUUAAGUUCAGCUUUUUUCGAUGCACUAACCACAGGAAGAACCAAAGAAUUGUACAAUUUGAUGAAUUAUUGGGGACUGAAAUUUAGUAUUUGACUAUUUGUAAUUUAUAUAGAAAAAAUGUUGUAUAAGACGCGUUGAGCAAAAUAUAUUGACUAUUUAUGUUGUCAUUCUCAAAAUAAAGAAUCUUCAAUCA